GUUGAUUGUUUAAGUGUCGAGUACUCUGUAGCACCUGCCAGAGGAAAUAAGUUGAAUCAAGCAGUGUCUACAGUAUAAGAAGUCGGCAAUCAUUUCCUCUCUCCUGUUUCUUGAUUCAGAAUGUGUGUUAGCCUUGAGUGAUUUGGCACCGGCAAUAUAUUCUGCAGACUCUGAUGAAGCCUUUGGACACAGACCAGACACUGACUAAUUCAGUAGUAAUGCAGUGAUGCUGUGUAGCACAUAGACUUGGAUCCACUGUAAAUCUUGGGUGACACAGAAAGAACUUGCUAAAGUGGCUCUUUUAUAUAAGAGUGCAUGCAAUGUUGCAGAUCCACCUGAGUUCGUGGGAGAUUGUAUAGAUUUGCAUUACAUUGUGCAGGUGUUGCUUUUACUGUGCCCUCUCCGGCUGUUUCAAACAUGAUAAUGUUACUUACUUACUUUUUUGGGUCUGAUUUAAAUUUGCUCUUGUAGUGUCAGAUGAUUUAAAAAGCAGUUGCAAUUAUUGUCUCGGUCUCUUGGUGACGCUCUUUUAUAAUGUCUGACUCAUGGAUGCUGGUGUCUCACUCUAUCUGUGUCAGUGGAACUAGAGUAUUGGGUUAGAGCCGAGGGCUGUGCAUGCAUGCGCAUCUGUGUAUGAGGGAGAGAAGGAGAGAGGCUGUGAGAGUGAAUGAGCUAGAGAGAGAGAGGGGGGAGAGCGACGAAGAGAAAGCAGUGAUGAAAUGGGAAUAGAGAGAGAGAGAGAGGAAUCCAGGCUGACAGCUUCCCUAAUAGAGCAUGAUUAACUCAGCUGCAGAAGCAGGGAAUCGCUGGAUUACAGCAGCAUUUUUAGUUCGGUAGUUCGAUGUAAAUGUUAAGGAUUUAGCCAAAAUGCCGACAGUGCAUCUGUUUUUAAAAGCAUUUUUGAUAAUGGACCAUCGACAAAACUUGAAAGGGUGUCUUUCUUUUUUAUUAUUUAGCCUCCUUUUUUCCGUUUCGUUCGGAGAAGUCCGUUAUGUUCAUCCAGAGGAGAUGCAGAGAGGCUCGGUUAUCGGGAAUGUUGCGCGGGAUCUGGGGCUGAAGGUGACGGAUCUUGAUGCUCGUCGAGCUCGGAUUGUUGCAGAAGGAACCAGGCAGCUGUGUGAACUGGAUACUGCGUCAGGCAGCCUUUUGAUCAGCCAGCGGAUAGACCGAGAGGAGCUGUGCGCACAAGCCACCGUCUGUAUUCUACAAUAUCAGCUUUUGCUUGAAGAUCCCCUCCAAGCGUUCAGCAUAGUUUUGGACAUCGCAGAUAUAAAUGACAACAGCCCAGUGUUUGCUACGGGGGAGAUACAGCUGGAUUUAGUGGAAUCUACAGUUCUGGGGAGGCGCUUUCCCCUAGAGAGCGCGCAUGACCCCGAUUUGGGCACUAACUCUGUCCGUGAAUAUAAGCUGAGCCAGAAUGAACAUUUUGCACUAGAAAUGAGUACCCAGAUAAACGGCAAUGCGUAUCCAGAACUAGUUCUUAAAAAGGCUUUGGACCGAGAGGCACAAGCUGAGCAUGUGCUGAAAAUCAGUGGAAUUGACGGGGGGUAUCCAGUUAGAUCAGGAACUGCUUCUAUCCGUGUCCGUGUGUUGGACGCCAAUGAUAAUGUCCCAGUUUUCAGCCAACGAGUUUACAAAGCCUCUGUGCCAGAGAACUCACCCAUUGGGACUGUUAUAACGACUCUGAAUGCCACGGACUUAGACGAAGGUGUCUACGGGGAGAUAACGUACUCCUUCAGUCACCUGUCAGACAAGAUGGGAGGAGUUAUUGAAAUUAACCCUCAGAGUGGAGAAGUUCGGGUUGCAGGUGUUAUUGACUAUGAAGAAGCUAGCUCGCACGAGUUGGAUGUUCAGGCUAAAGAUGGCGGUGGUCAGGCCUCUCACUGUAAACUUAUAAUUGAUGUCAUUGAUGUAAACGACAAUAAACCUGUGAUAGAAAUAAAGUCAGCCUCUGCUAACGUGGCUGAAGACUCUAAACCAGGGACCAUGAUCGCUCUGAUUAAUAUUUACGACCUUGACACUGGAAGUAGUGGGCGUGUUACGUGCGCAAUCCCAGACAAUCUUCCAUUUAAAUUAGUGUCAGAGGUGAAAAAUUAUUACAUUUUAUUGACUGACGGGUUGCUGGACAGAGAACUCCAACCUGACUAUAAUAUCACAGUUACUGCCACUGAUGCGGGCUCUCCCUCACUCUCUAGUGUAAAAGUCAUGUCAAUCGUGAUUACUGAUGUAAAUGAUAACGCCCCGACUUUUACACAGAGAGAGUACAAUGCCAACAUUUUAGAAAACAAGCCAGUUGGCACAUUUGUGAUGAAAGUCAAUGCAGAGGACGCUGACGACGGGUCUAAUGCUAAAAUACAUUACCAAAUAGCAAACUCGGAAGUGUCAUCUUUCCUUACUAUCAACUCAGAUACAGGAGAGCUCUUUACAUUACGCCUCUUUGAUUACGAACAAUCGGUUCACUUCCAAAUUAAGGUGACAGCUCGUGACGGAGGCGGGCCUCCACUUUCUACCACCUGUACGAUAAAUGUUUUUAUUAAGGACCAAAAUGACAAUUCACCUGUUGUCUUAUAUCCUGUCCAAAGCGCAGGGUUCAUCGCUGAAGAUAUGGUGCCAGUUGAAGCGCCUCGAGGUUACCUGGUUACUAAGGUGGUAGCUGUGGACGCAGACUCUGGUCAUAACGCCUGGCUUUCUUAUAGAAUAAUCAAAGCAACGCGGCCUAACCUGUUCAUGGUAGAUCUGCAUUCAGGAGAAAUCAGAACUGUGCGAGCAUUCAUGGAGGACGAUGAGCCGAAACAAACUCUUAUCGUUUUAGUGACAGAUAACGGGCCCGAAUCUUUGUCCGCCACUGCGACAGUGAGCAUCAUGCUUGGCGACGGCCUUCCCGUUUUGAGCGAACUUUUUGAGUUUGCAGAUGAAUCACAGGACAGCGAUAACUUAACGCUCUAUUUGAUCAUCGCUCUGUCAACCGUCUCCUCUCUUUUCCUCCUUUUAAUCAGCGGAGUGUUUUAUUUUAAGCUCUGCCGCCGUGGUUAUGUUUACCGUUCAACCACGGCCAGUCUCCCCGUUUUCCCCACGACCUACUGCCCCCCGAGUUUCACAGAUUUAAGCCGUUGCGGGACUUUGUUGAAAGAUGAGCGAUAUGAUUCUUUCUUGACCACCGGGUCGUGGAGAGGCGAUUUUCGUUUUGGAUCAAAUACAGACACUGACACACUUAAGAAAAGAAGUGCAGCUUAUCAAAAGAACACACUGAGGCGUGUCAGUGCAGACAGGGGAAGCCUGAAAGUGAGAGCAGGUGCACCGCAUCCUUGUUACGUGAUCAAAUGAGAGUCAUAUGCCAGAUGUUGUCAAAUAAUCCCUGUGUGGUGAAUUUAAUUUGGACCCUCUGACUGUGAAAUACGUUAUAACUGCAUUCAUUUUCUCAUGGUUCUAUAGAAUUACUAUAUAAAUAUACAUAUAGUGUUUUUUAGGGUUCAACGUGUUUUUUUGGAAGUAUUUGUGCAUGAAUAUGUUAAUAAUAUAUCAUGUUCUUGAAGUAUACGACCCCAAGUUCAUCCCACCACCGCCUCACCCUGAACACAGAUAGCAAUCUUAACCUUCUACAUAAUCUAUCUUCUGGCACAGUUUCAAGAAUAUUUUGACAGAGCCAUAAAUAAAGUGAUUAUUGUAUUCACCCCUGUGUACCCCUAUUGUUUGUUACUGUUUUCCAAAGAGUGAACAUGUUUGCAAUAAGUAGUUGUUUGUAGUAACUCCAGUCAGGCUUUUUUUUCCUGUCCAUUUUUACUCUUCUAGUCUAUCACCAGUGAUAAUUCUCAUGCCGCAUUGGAACAGGAUAUAACUGAUUAAACACAUAACUUGGUCUGUCUCUUUUUCUACAUCCAAAUUGCAUGAUCUACCUUAUUAAGGCUUCUCUGUUAAUCAUUACAUCUUGACACUCAUACAGUUGAGGAGGUGUAGUCUCUUUGAUCUUAGUAUUUUUAAUUUUUUUUGCCCCUGGUGUAUUUGUCUUUGCCUUUGUUUAAUUUAAUUUAUCUAUUUGUUUAUAUUUUCAUAAAUCAGCCUUCAUGUAUUUUUUAUUGUUCAUUUUUCACCAAGAAUACACUGAAGCAAGGUUCUAGACAAUUUUAUGUCAUAUUUUCACAAAAUACCAUGAAUUUUCUGUGCGGCAGAGACACAAUAAUAGUUUUGCACUACAAGCCAUGGAUUGAACUAUAUGUACACAAACUGUACGCUGUAUUUCAUGAAAAAUAAACUUACAGAGAAGA